AAGAAUGGCCAGCGGAAGCGCUCGCGCGCUACCUCCGAGCAGGUGUCAGUGCUGGAGUCCGUGUUCCUGGUCAAUCGGUCACCUGCCAGCCGACUGCGCGAGGACCUGGCUACUCGGCUGGGCAUGGCGCCACGCCAAGUCCAGGUGUGGUUCCAAAACCGGCGUGCCAAGGAGAAGACACAGCAGCGC